CCCAACCAACGGAGAGCUAGGGAGGGUCCGCCGGCCCUACCUGCGGUCCCGGCUGCCGAGGAGAAGCGCCACGCGCGGGGCUGUGGGGCUGAGCCUGUUGUCCGCCACCAUGUUCCGGGGCCCUGAGGCCGACUCGGCUAAGCCCAGCUCCAGGGUACUGAAGCCCCCAGGAGGAGGAUCUAGUAAUCUCUUUGGAAGUAUAGAAGAAAUUUCUUCUUCAAGCAGGCCACACCGGAUGGCAUCCAAUAUCUUUGGAGCUUCAGAAGAACCUCAAAACAUUCCAAAAAGAACAAACCCUCCAGGGGGAAAAGAAAGUGGUAUUUUUGAGGAUUCUGGUUCUGCUGAGCCUCGUCCACGCGUGAAUCCUCCUGGUGGGAAGACAAGUGAUAUCUUUGGGUCUCCUGUACCUACCAGUGUUGUGCGAGCGCACCCAAACAAGCCCAAGGAUCACAUUGUCUUGAAAGAAGAUGAAACACCGAAGAAGUUGGAAGCUACAGAAAAUAUCAAACCGCAGCUGGAGGAUGGAGGCGAGAAAAAAGAUCUGGGCAAAGAGGAGCGAUGCAAGGAGCCAGAACCCAAGAUAGACAAUCAUGAGCCCCGACUGGGACCAAGGCCACGCUCACACAACAAAGUUCUCAAUCCGCCAGGGGGGAAAUCCAGUAUUGCAUUCUAUUAGGGCCCUCCGUUCACUUUCACUAACGGAGUCUGCACAGAAACUCUUGUCUGUGGUCAGGAGGUCAGUUUAUAGACUAUUGUUUGUGGAUAGAUUCUUAGGCAGAUGGAUGAAGGUUAUGCUAACGUGUGUAGGAAGGAUAUCCUGGUGAUUUGGGGAGGGAGGGCUGGGGAGGGAAAGGGUGCCCUGUGGAAGAUGCGAGUAUGGGACUGGCAGAGGGGACAUCAGUGUAACUUUGUGAAAGAUCAGUGCUGCUUUGUGGUGAGUUCAUCAGACUGUUAGGUUCUUGGCUAGCUCAUGGCUCAGGACACUCUUGUGGAGUCAGGCUUAUCCUUGUAGUCAACAUGUACAACAUUGAGUGAGUGGGGACCUGGAGGUCACCUCUGGAAGACUGUGAAGCACAGCAGGAGGGCUCUGCUCUCCUUAAGAUGUGGCAUCACAGUAUGUGCUGACUUGCAGUCACUUGAAUAUAAAUGUGUUCUAGUGGGACAAGUAGUGCUGCCAUGGGUUUGAGUGUCCAGUCUUUGGUUCUCUUUGUCUCCUUUCUUGCUUUGCAGCACACAAUUGCUGAUACAAAGACAAAACAUCCUGAAAGUUUCUUUUAAUACUCCUAAACCAUCAUAUGUUAAUAAAUAUCAUGUCUUCUCCUCCCCAGAGUAUUCAGGCCUUCAGUAAUCUGCUGAUUACUAUGACAAGCUCUUGACAAGUGAUAAUAUCAGUCCAAUGUACUGUUUCAUUUAGGUGCUUCUAGAAGAUUUCUAUUUAAAGUAUCCUGGUUGGGUGCAAACACUAGCUUUAUGGUGCUCUUUGAACAGAAGUGUACCGUUACCAUGGAGAAUAUACUGACAUGUCAGCCAGCUUUGACCCAACUCCUAUAGAAACGCCUUAGCUUCUGCAAAGCUUCUUACUUUGUACUCUGCGGAAACCAGGACUGUUCUUUACUACAGUGUAUUUUUUGUUUGUUUAUCUGUGCUGAUUCUGUUAGUGAAUUCUUGUGUGUUUGGUCAGCCUUAUGUUUGCCUUUGCCUCAGAUUUUUGUUGGUAAGGUUGGGAGAAGGAUGUGGAUUCUCCCCAAACCACAGCUGUAGUUCUUUUGAGACAUGCUGUAGACUAUCCUAGUUGGAGAAACAAAGACUUUAGUAAUACAAAUCUUGUGGUUGAGCUGGCUGUCUUAAAUUGUGUUUGGAAGAUGUGCAUGUUUUGCACAAACGUUUGUUGAGGAGGGUAGCUCCCAUAAUUUGUUCUCUGAAUGGACUUUCUGAUCAUAUCCAGGGCUCUGAUAUAUGAAUGUUAACAUUAGGUGCUUACUGUUCAAUGUAUUUAAUAGUGACUUUUUAAAUUUGACAUAGCCAAACAGGAGUUGUUCAGGUACACCAUAGAACAAGUGGCCUUAUCUGUGUUGUUAUCAGCCCACUGCUGUUCUAGCCCAGGUCCCCUGCUGUUUUGGGAGGGGGAACUGCCUCUGGGCCAGGUGCUAAAACAUCCUGUGACUCGUGCUCAGUGGGCUGCUUGGUUCGGUUGAUGUCAGAAGUGGUGGAUGACUGCAUGAAGACUUAGUUGCCUUUUCAAAUGGUGGAAGUGAAAUAUAUAGGGCAGUGCUAAGGGUAGAAGUAGCUGUGGGAAGUAGGGAUUUCAAUGCCUUUGUACUUUUCAGAUAGGUUUGGAAGUCCCUGUUACUGCCCCACCCCCAGGAAAGCAAGGCAGUGAUUCUGACUGCAACCCUGUCAUGGAUUUGUGUUACUUCCAAACAUGUAUUUCCCAGCAGCUGUUCCUGAGUCCACGAUGCCUGGCAUCUGCCUGAUUCUCAGACACAUCUGUCUGUUUCAAUUCCUUGUUUCUGGUACUUGAGAGGGUUUGAAGGGGCUGCCAUGUGGAAAACCCAACCGGAGGCAGCUUUCUGCAUUGAGGAGACUGCUGUGACUAUCGCCGUCUGUAAUACUGAGCUUGGGCUUGGCACCUUUUACUACCUGAUGUGCAUUGGCUACAGUGCCUGUCUUCUAAACAGCAACUUCCAACUAGGCCUUAAAUUAGUUAAACUGUGUUCAUUUUCUUGCACUUCUUUCUUUGGAAUCUAAACCACAUUUUCAACUCAUCAAGUAAGAUUGAUUAGGACAUUUCUCCAGGACAGGAGGAGAUUGGAAAUCAAAUGAUAAAUCAUUCAAUUGUCAAUAAACUUCUGUAUUUUGUUACUUCA